AUGGCAGCUUCGUGGAGCUUCUCUGAGGACAAGGAGUUUGAGAACUUGAUUGCGGUGCUGGACCAUGAUGGCGAGAAUUGGCUCGAGGAGCUCGCCGCAGGUGUCCCGACUAAAAGCGUCGAGGAGGUGCGAGACCACUACCUUGACCUUGUCUCGGACGUCGUCCUUAUUGACUCCGGCCUCUACGAGGGUCAUCACUACUUUGCGGAGGGGGAAUUAGGGUUUCCCAAAGAUGUUAAUAGCAAUAGCUCGGCUCCAGCGGAGGUGGUGGCGGCGGAGGAGGAAGUGAUGAUUGACGUCGAGACUGGGUUUACUCUGGCGGAGUUGAAAGAGGUGAUGGCGCUGCUGGGAGAUGAAGAAGAAGGUGCAGAGAAGGAGGUAGGAGGGACGUCAUCAUCAGAGGCAGGAGCGGAUGUGGCGGCUGUGUCAGAGGUGGAGGCAAGGAAGAGGGUGGUUAAGGCGGCGGCGUCCGUGACGAAGGGGAAGAGUUGGACUGAGGAAGAGCACAGAAUGUUCCUGAUGGGUCUAAGUGUCUACGGGCGUGGAGAUUGGCGGAACAUUGCCAAGUACUUUGUCACCACAAGAACUCCAACUCAAGUGGCUAGUCAUGCUCAAAAGUACUACAACCGAAUGGAACGCAGCUCCAAGGGGAUCAAGCGCCGAGCAAGCAUACACGACAUCAGGAGCAUCACACCUCUACAGAAGUUAGCACAUAUGAGGAGCCUAUUCUCGGCAAUGAAAAGGAACAAACUUUGCAAUAAGACCAACAAUGUUCUAGAUCAGGCAAGUGCAUGCAACUUACAGGAGAGUAGGGAAGGUGCUUCUUCAUCUCUAGCCAAUGCUGAAGAGGCAUCAUCAGCAUGA